AUGCACGGAGAGCUUGGGAACAAGCUCGUCCAACACGCCAAACGCACCCUGACCCUCCCGACUCUACCACCGUACCAAACGGAAUUGGUGCGCGCAUGCGUGCGCGAAGUGCGCGAUCUCGACCGCGAUGUGACCAACAUCCUGGCGCCGUUCAGCAGCAGCGUGACGGACGAGGAUGGCGAGACAUUGACGCAGAACACGUUCAACCCGGCCGAACACCCCGCGACGGCGUGCGCGCUGCUCGUCGACCACCUCAGCAUGCGCCGCAACAAACGCUGCCUGCUGGCGUACCACCGUGUGCGCGCCCAGCGGGUCGAGGCGUGGUGCUGGGAGGGAAAGGACCUUUUCGACCCGAGUACCAAUCACCCCACCACCACCAAUGAUGUGCAGACCAUGGCAGAGAACGCUCAACCCUCGAAUAACAAUUCUCUCUCGCCCGAGGAGGAGGAGUAUUUCCGCCAGUACACGGACCUGCUGUCGGCGUACAAGGGCCAGUGGACGGACGUCGACCUCACCGGGUCGCUGACGCCGCCCAGGGAUCUGUUCAUCGAUGUGCGUGUAUUGCGCGAUGCGGGCGAGAUCCAGACGGAAUACGGCGCGAUCAAUCUGACGAAGAACAGCCAGUUCUACGUCCGGUUUGCGGAUGUCGAGAGGUUGAUUCAGCAAGGGUUUUUGCAGCGGUUGAAUUGA